UAUAAGUAGGUGUGCAUUUCUACAUUCAAAGCACAACACAGACCAAGGAAAAGCAAAACCAAAGCACACAAAGCUACCAUAACCAUGGCACAAAAACACACAGUGACCGACCUUCGAAACGGUUCUGGCCAUGCUUUAUCCUUGUCUGGCCACGAGGUUUGGGAAGGAUCUCAGUCUACGGAUUUCCCAAAAACAAUUAUGGAUGGAGAUAGGAUUCAGUUUACUCACAAUGCAGGGACCGAUGAUGGUUCAAUUGCUGCUGUCGCAUACAAAUUGCAAGAUGAUGGCAAAAUGUGGGUUGUUGCCUGGAGCAACCCUAGAGGUGCAGACAGCAAGGCCUUUACAGAUCUCCUGGAUCAACCUGCUGAUUGGGAUCAAAUCAAAACCGAGCUUGAUGCAAAUGGCAGCGCAGACUAUAAAACUGUCAAGUUCAAUUAUAGGGCGGAAAUAAAAAUUGAUCCCAAGAGCUUUUCGCCUGUAGUGACUGCUUAUCUUGAGAAGAAGUAUGCUUGAAAGGCAGAUAUAUCUGGGAUGGGAUGAGUUUUUCUCUGUCAAAAAUAAAUGAUAAUGUCAUGCCUUGUGCUUCGCAUUGCUACUGCGUGUCUUCAUGGCCUUCAAAAUAUUAUAUGUCACUUCCAUGGCUGGCUAUUUACAUUAUAUAUGGAUUAAAAUAAAAUAAAAGGCCUUUAUCUUA